UCCGUCGUGAUUAACCAAUUGUUACUAACGGUUGCAUGACACGUCAAAAUGGUGGAACACUGAAAUGAUGACACGGCACGGCUUGUACGUCACGGGCCUAUGCCCGAUUUGUACUCGGGCGGCCCACACAAGCCCACACACCGGUGACUAAAUAUUGACGUGCAGUUCACAGUCAUGAAGGCCUCUGAUAUCAUAUCUGCGCUGCCCAGUCGUUUCGAAGCCGCGCAAUCUUCAGGGGAUCUCUUUUUCUUUCCAUCCGACGUGAGAACGCACGAGGAGAUCGGGAUAGAGUGGGAGAUUCGCCUAUGUACCGCGCUUCAAAAGAAACCGGUCGCGUCCGUACCCGCUGAGGAAGCAGGAGUCGCAUCAUCUAAUCAGUCAGAUGAUGCUUCCAAGAAACCUGAUCCUUUUGCACCUCCAUAUGUGCCAAAUCUUCAUGUCGGUGAUUUAAGCGACGAAUCAAGCGGGGUAGAAUAUGGUGUCCUGCUAAACAAGUUCUCGGUCGUCCCCCAUCAUUUCCUUCUUGUGACCAAAGAGUUUCUACCGCAAACUUCGCCGCUGCUGCCUCAUGAUCUGGUCCAAACAUACCUGCUCCUCCUUGCGGCCCGAAAAGCACGUAAAAACUAUUUUGCUUUCUACAAUUGCGGAUCAAACAGUGGAGCCAGUCAACAUCACAAACAUAUCCAGUUCAUCGAAGUUGAGGAUGAAGGACCUCCGAUCGAAAGAUUAGCCAGGGCUGCAAACCUUGAAGUCUCAGGCAAACCUUUUUCACUGAUAUCCCUGCCAUACGCCAACCACGUAUAUCGACUUCCGGCUCUGUCGAAUGGCGCGACACCAGAGCAGCUCGAACCAAUAUUGUUCCUUCCAUUCCUAGCCCUCCUGGAUCUUGUGAUAUCCACGGUGCGACAUGCCCCGGACUACCCACCUGGUACCCCCUCCUAUAAUGUGAUUCUUACCUUGGAACACAUGCACUUGAUCCCGCGACGCUGGGAAACCUAUACCCUAGGAGAGUCUGGGGGGACGUUGAGCGUCAACUCACUUGGGUUUGCUGGAAUGCUAAUGGUGAAAAGCGAGUCCGAACUUCAGGCAUUAGAGCAAGAGAAGAUUGGAACGGUACUUAGAGGCGUCGGUGUGGAAAGUGUCCAUGAAUUGCAAGUUGCUGGUACAUCGAUGGAAGCAAUGGAUGAGACAGGUGCUUGAUAGUAGCAUCUGUGGUCUUAGAGUCUUUAUGUACAACAUUUUGCAAAGUUUUUACUCGAAGGAUGGCAAGAAAAUGAGGAGCGUUUAAACAGGCAUC